AUGAGCGCGGCACCUUCGCCUCGCUUGUCGAGUGUUGCAGCUCAGUCGACUAGCGCGAAUGCCGACGCCAAUGGCGGGACGCGCCUCGUCACAGAAACUGCGUCUACCAGCAAGCCGUCACCUGAAGAUGACUCCGAGACAACAACCUUUGGGCUGAGGCGGCUGGAAUGGGAACUUUUGACCCUCAGCACGGCUGUCAAGCUGCUACUAUUCCCAACUUACCACUCGACCGACUUUGAGGUGCAUCGCAACUGGUUGGCCAUCACGCGGACGCUGCCCAUCCGCGACUGGUACUUCGAAGCUACUUCACAAUGGACACUCGACUAUCCUCCCUUCUUUGCGUACUUCUCAUGGAUCCUCGCGCAACCAGCACCACUGGUCGAUCCGUUGAUAGCAAGCUUGCACGAAGGACUCGAACAUGCAGCGUGGCCGUGCAAAGCGUACAUGCGUGCCACCGUCGUGGUCACCGAGAUCGUCCUGGCAGCAGCGCUGCUGGCUCACGCUCGACUGGGUGUACAGAGGGCCAUGAAGAUCGGAUUCUCGGAUCAUGUUUCAAACUCGGGCGUAUCUACAUCGCAUCUCCUCGCAGCGAGCCUGCUUAUGCAUCCCGGACUCAUCAUCAUCGAUCAUAUCCAUUUUCAGUAUAAUGGCUUUCUUUUUGGCGUUCUGGCAUGGUCGCUCUGGGCAGCUCGAGAGGACAAGCCACUUCUGUGCGCGUUUCUGUUCAGCUCGCUUCUCAAUCUCAAGCACAUCUACGUCUACGUGGCACCACCCUUCUUGAUAUUCCUCCUGCGAUCCUACGUCUUCCCCGUCGGCAGCAAGGCAAGCGACCUGGGGCGAGGUUUUGAACGUCUGCUUACGGUUGGCGUGGUGACCUUGACACCCUUCUUUGUCAGUCUCGCACCCCUCGCAGUCGAUGGACUGCGACACGAGGCGGGCCCGCUCGGUGCACUGUCACAGAUGCUGCAAAGGCUGUUCCCGUUCAGCCGCGGUCUCAUUCACGCGUAUUGGGCUCCAAAUGUCUGGGCACUGUGGACGUUUGCAGAUCGAGUAUUGGUCAAGCUGCUACCAAGAGUUGCUGCGCUACGAGCUGUGCUGCCAGCGAACUUUGCUGCACGAUACGAUGCCACGGCCAGCUCUGGAUUCGCCUCGGCUUCGCGCGGUCUGGUGGAGAACAUCUCAUUCGGAGUGCUGCCCGAGAUCCGCCCGUCGACGUGCUUCAUAUUGACGCUGACAUGUACGUCUAUCUACAUGGUCAAGCUGUGGCAGACGCCUACCUACCGUUCCUUCUUGGCAUCGGUGAGCCUGUGCGGCUUUGCGUCGUUCCUGUUCGGGUGGCACGUGCAUGAAAAGGCCAUCAUGCUUCCGCUCAUCCCCUACACCUUCCUCGCCGCAGUGGACUAUGCGCAUUUCAGGACGUUUGUGCUGCUCAGCGUCGCGGGCAUCGUGUCGCUCUUCCCGCUGCUCUUUACGCCGCAAGAAGGACCGAUCAAGAUUGGAUAUUCGAUAGCAUGGGCGCUGCUCGUACUCGGCCCGCUGCAAAGACGCGUGUUCCGACCGGUGCAGUCGAAUGUGGGCAUCUUGGUCCAUCAGCUAGAGACGUUGUACAUGUGGGGCUUUGUGGCCUUGCAGGUGUACGUAUCGGUCCUGCACCCGAUGGUAUUUGCGACGAGUGGAGGUCAGAGUCUCGUCGCGCAUACCAUCUCAGCUGUCGACGCAGCGUCAAACAGGACAUUGGACGGGUUUGCUGGUCCAGCAAAUGUCGCCGAUGCUCCUUCGGAAGCUGCCCCAGCCGUCCCAGCAGCAACGGCGAGCAUCGUGGAAUCCGUCGUCGCGAACGUUAGUACUGCAGAGGCGACAUCCUCCGAUGGUAAUGUGAUGGAUCCGAGCUUGGCCGUGACACCCGAGGAUAGUUGCAUGACUAUCAGCUCCGUCGAGCUUGAUGCUCCACGACCUGCAGCAACGCAGUCAGCGGAUCUCCUAUCCGUCCAAUCAACAUCUGCACAAGCUCAAGGAACAAUUCCGGGAGUGAAGUCGACGAUAUCAGAUGGUCAGCAGAAGCAAGGGGCUGAUGCUGUACAGACAUCGUCGUCGUCGUCGAUGGAAUUCUUGCCGCUCAUGAUGCUCCGGAAGCUGUGUGGAGAUGUCAGCGAUGCUCGGAAGAACGCCGCGAUCUGCAAGCCGACUUUCAGAAAUUCGCACAAUCGCUAUCACAUCGCAAUCGACGAAAAUCAAUCCCACAGCCGAAGAAAGCUGAGUCGCCUCUAUGCGUUUUUCUGUCUUCCCACCUACCUCAUCUCACCUUCUCCUCCUCAUCGCAUCUUCCAGAGUGGUUUUGACUGCUACCAAGACGUCGUGUGGUAUCUCGUGGAAGAUUCUAGGAAGCCACACACCGUCGUCUGCUCAUCCUCGCCGCUUCGGGGAGCUUUGGGGUCAACUCGUUAUCCCACACUUCGAAAGAGCGAAGAGGUGGACAAAGAAGCAGCUCAAUCCCGAUCGGAUCCUAUCGGCAUCAGCUGCCUUCUAGAUAUCGCCAUCACCAUCGCACUCGUCUAG